ACUUCCUCAGGGCAGCUGGCACCAUGGCAGGCUGCAGCUCUGGGCAGCUCCGGGGGCCCGCUGGGGACAGCGACUCGGACUCGGACAGUGAGGGGCUGCGGCCCCGGCUGCAGGUCAUUCACAGCGGGCACUUUAUGGUCUCCUCACCGCACAAUGACGACAGACAUCGGAGCAAGGAGCCGGACAGGUCGGGGACGGUCCCUGCCGGCAGCAUUGAUCCCACGCUUACCCGGUUAUUCGAGUGCAUGAGCCUGGCGUACAGCGGCAAACUGGUAUCUCCCAAGUGGAAGAAUUUCAAGGGUUUAAGACUAUUAUGGAGAGAUAAGAUCCGUCUGAAUAAUGCCAUCUGGAGAGCUUGGUACUUACAAUAUGUAGAAAAAAGGAAAACUCCAGUAUGUGGGUUUGUUACCCCACUGGAUGGAUCAGAAGGAGAUGACCACCGUAAACCUGAGGCGGUGGUGUUGGAGGGGAACUACUGGAAACGGAGAAUAGAAGUGGUAAUGAAGGAGUAUAACAAGUGGAGAAUUUACUACAAGAAACACCUUCGGAAGCUUUAUCAGGAUGGAAAAUUAUCUCAAGAACAAAAGCAUGGCGCUCCCACCUGGAGAGGGGGUGAGAUGUUUGCUGGGUGCCCGCGUAAAGAAGAAGGACGUGGAAAAGAGGAUGAUAUGUUGUACGAUCUGGAUUACUUCUUAACUGAUAUCUCUGAUACCCUAUUUACCACUACUCAAAACCUGCCCCCUUCUUAUCAGUACCCAGAUUUUGAUUAUGUUGGGAAUGCAGAUAUGAUCCAGCCAGAACUCGCUACAUUACAGCCUAGUCUAGAUGAUUUCAUGGAUAUAUCAGACUUCUUUGGUGGUCCCCGGUCCCUUUCUUCUCAACAACCUCCUCUUAGUUACCAAGAAAACCAUGGCUACCUAACAUAUAAUGAUGGAACCAGCAGCCAUUCACAUUCUACCAUUGCUUGCCCAAGAGUCCCACAGACCCACAGCUCUUAUAUCUCCCGGUCAGAUUCCUGUUUUUCAAGCCCUGUACUCUCCUCUGGAUAUGGUGCUGCUGCAGUGCCAUGUACACCUUCAAACACCGAAACCAAACCACUGUGCCACUACCCAGAAUCUAGUGACAGAUACACCACUGAAUCCUUCCCUUCAGCCCCAGCUUUACCCAUACACUGCAUUUCUCCAAAUCUACCGCUACAGGAUCAAAACCUUUUAUUCCCACCAGUAUCCUGUCCCAAACCUCCAUAUAACUCUGUGGCCACUGAUGCCACCAACUUAAAUCAUACUCCCCUUCCCUCUAUCCAUGCAGAUGUCUACCCUCUCUAUACAGAACCUUCACCUCAUAUUGAAGCUCCCCAUGUCUUUCCUAUGCCCAAAACUAAUGUUCGUGUUACACCUAACAAACCCAGAAGAUUUUCUGCCGAGACGACAGUAAGAUCUCUCUCCAAUGUCAGUCAGCAACAGAUUUCAUCACCUAACCCAGACUCUUCUUCAAAUAUGCCAUCUUGUGGACCCAGUGGACUAAAUACAACGACAGGUGUCGGGUCAGAUGAAAUGACUUUUCCUGGCGUUGCUGUGCUCGUUGUUCCACCUGUUCCUUCAUCUUCCACCCGAGGAGCCCUUAGUUUUGCUUCCCCUACAACAAAAUUCCUUAGUCCUGUGUUGUAUUCCUCGAGCAACAAAACUGUUUCUGGAGCCACAAACCUGAAGUGUCCUCCCCUGCUACCCAAAACUGAAAAACUUUCACCAGCAGCCACCUGUGGUGAUGACCGUAAAGAUUCGCUGAAUGUACCAUUUGCACAGACUAUUAGCCACUGGAACCGGUCAGACAAUAAGAAGGUGGAGAGCCGACGUAUAACACACAUCUCAGCUGAGCAGAAGCGUCGCUGUAACAUUAAACUGGGGUUUGACACACUGCAGAAUCUGGUGACAAAUCUACAUGGACAGCACAACAGCAAGUUCAGCAAGGCCACCAUCUUGCAGAAGACAGCUGAUUACAUCUAUAAACUGCAGCAGGAGAGGGCCCAGCUACAGGAAGAAUCCCAGCGCCUGCGAUGCCAAGUACAAGAGCUCAGUGACACCAUCAGUGUGUGCCAGCAGCAGCUUCCAGCCUCUGGGGUGCCUUUAACACAUCAACGCUUCCAGCACAUGCGUCAGAUGUUUCAGAAUUAUGUCCAGAGCAGAACUCUACAGAACUGGAAAUUUUGGCUAUUUACCAUCCUUUUCCGUCCACUGUUUGAAUCAUUCAACCGUAUGGUUUCUACAGCAAGUAUGGCAGAUUUAAGAGAGACAUCGCUGGAGUGGCUGGACCAACACUGCUCGCUGCCUGCACUGAGACCUGCGGUGCUGAGUUCAUUAUGUCAGCUCAGCACCUCAACAUCAAUUCUUACCGACCCAUCCCUGAUGCCGGAGCAGGCACUGCAAGCCGUAACACAAGGAGAGAAUGAAGAUAGCUUCUUCUAAAUCGGCAUGGUAUCUUCACCAAAGACUGCGGACUGUAUGAGAAGCUGGCUUAUAUAAGGUUUACUAAUAACAUAUACAUUUGGAAAAGACCAGCAUUUCUUACAGAAGACUUUAUUAUACAGAACUGAUUACUAACAAAGUGUUCCUCCCCAUGUCUUGAUUCCUACCUGUGGAUUAUAUGGCCUUUCAUGGUGCUGGUUAUUUGUUUCACUGAUCUGGUGCCCAGUUUUGUGGACAGGCACAGUAAAACAAAUGUCCAGUACUGUACACGUAAGCUCAGAUGUAUGUAGUGGUCUCUGUGUGUGGAGAUCUAUCAGUGGCAGGAUGGAGCAGUUAUGCUAUCAUGAAGCAGGACUACUGAGCAAUCUCAAACUCACAACCAUUUUUUUUUUUUUUAAAGGAGUUAUCCUAUGAUUAACGUAAAAAAAA